CAGUUUCUUUCUCUCUCUCUUCCUAUAAAACAUUGGGAUGAGUUUUCUCCUAUCUCUCUCUUCUUCCUCUUAGUUUUGCUUUUUGUACAUAACAACAUUUAUAUUUUAUUUUUCAAUCCAAUUUGAUAACUGAAUUUGCAUUUUAUUCAUUAUCUUAAUUAACAAUUGGAAAAAAGAAGAAGAAAAGGGUGGGGAGGCAUACCCAGAUAAUGAACCUACCCUCUGUUCUUAAUCUCAUUGUGCCUCCCCUCAGAUCUUAAGAUUUUCUUAUCUGGGUCGUCUUCAAUCGGAUUGUUUUUGUUCUUGCUUGGAUUCAUUGUUUGUUGUUUAUCAAGGAUCUGAUUGUGCUUAAUUGAAUCCGACAAUAUCUAUAAUUGCAUCAGUUUCUGAGUUUGUCAUAAUCAAAGAUAAAAUGCAAUCAGAUAGUGGCAAGUUAUUUAUCGGUGGAAUAUCAUGGGACACCAACGAAGAGCGACUCAGGGAGUAUUUUAGUACUUAUGGGGAGGUUAAGGAAGCCGUGAUCAUGAAGGAUCGGACAACUGGUAGAGCACGUGGAUUUGGUUUUGUUGUUUUCAUUGAUCCGGCUGUUGCAGAGAUUGUUAUCCAGGAGAAGCACAACAUCGACGGAAGGAUGGUUGAGGCGAAGAAAGCUGUUCCUAGAGAUGAUCAAAACGUAUUGAGUAGAACCAGUGGCAGCAUCCAUGGUUCUCCCGGUCAAGGUCGCACGAGAAAGAUAUUUGUUGGAGGUUUAGCUUCUACAGUGACAGAGAGUGAUUUCAAGAAAUACUUUGAUCAGUUUGGGACUAUAACAGAUGUUGUAGUAAUGUACGAUCACAACACUCAGAGGCCAAGAGGAUUUGGAUUUAUCACGUAUGAUUCCGAAGAAGCUGUUGACCAGGUCUUACUUAAGACGUUUCAUGAAUUGAACGGUAAAAUGGUUGAGGUCAAGCGAGCAGUUCCUAAGGAGUUAUCGCCAGGACCUACCCGCUCACCUCUCGGUGGAUACAACUAUGGUCUGAGUAGGGUUAAUAGUUUCUUGAAUGGCUUCAAUCAGGGGUAUAGUCCGAGUGCUGUCGGAGGCUAUGGACUCCAGAUGGAUGGUAGGUUCAGUCCGGUUGCUAGUGCUAGAAAUGCAUUUGCACCAUUUGGAUCUGGUUAUGGAAUGGGUAUGAAUUUCGAGCCGGGUUUGAGUCCUGGAUUUAGAGGAAAUGCAAAUUUCAAUGGCAAUCUUAGCUAUGGACGGGGCUUGAAUCCGUACUUUAUCGGCAGCUCCAAUAGGUUUGGCAAUCCUGUUGGAUAUGAAAGUGGUAACGGAGGAAACAAUUCUUUCUUCAGUUCUGUUACUCGAAAUUUGUGGGGGAAUGGGAGCCUUAACUAUGGGACAAAUUCUGCGAAUUCCAAUGCAUACAUUGGAUCGGGAAGUGGAAAUGUUGGAGGAAAUGCAUUUGGCAAUACUGGAGUCAACUGGAGUUCUUCGCCGAUUUCUGGACACGGGGGAGGGAACAAUGUGUCACCGGGUAGUGGCAACCUCGGAUACGGAGGUGGCAACAACGGUUACGGAUUGGGGACUGAAGGAUAUGGAAGAAGCAGCGGUUCCUCUCUUGCACCAACAUCUUCAUACUCUACAUCAAAUGGUGGUGGUGGUGUUGAUGGUUCUUUCGGUGAUUUUUACAGCAAUAGUUCGGUCUAUGGGGACUCCACUUGGCGAUCUGCAAAUUCUGAACGAGAUGGAUCUGGUCCCUUCGGUUACGGACUCGGUGGUGCAGCUUCAGAUGUUUCUGUCAAGACUUCUCCUGGUUAUGUUGGUGGUUAUACUGUUAAUAAAAGGCAGCCAAAUAGGGGAAUUACUACAUAGGAUGACACGAACAUGUAGGCGAAGAUAAUCCAGUGAAGCAGGUGAAUUGUGAUUUUCUCACACCACUGUUGUUACUAUAUUUCGGUUUUUAAGACAUAAGAUGUUUGGUUUAUCUAGAGCUAACUGAAGUGCCUGUUUUGAGGAUUCAGAUAUAGAGAUAGAGGUUACAAGGGAAUGUUACGGCUUGAGUUUUUUGAGUUAUUAUUAUUAUUUAGGUUUCGGGUUUUUGGGAUUUGAGUGAGAUGUAAAAUCUUAUUGCGGGAUGAUAUAGGGAAAGUGUAUCAUGCAUGAGGAAGCAAUAUAAAAAACAUGAAAAACUUUUCUUUUCUUUUCGGGUAGCUUUUUGCAUGUAAUGUCCUGCAAAGUUGUUCGUUCUACUCAGAAGUUGUUUGUUCCUUCAACCGUUUUGGUUUGAAUUUAGCAUAUUGUAUCCCAGGAUUUUGUUGAUUUACUAGUGUGAUACAUUGACGGGAUACCCUUAUCGGCCCCGUGAAUAAGUUACCAAUA